CAUAAUAUCCCACUGCAAAACCAUCUCUUUCCCCUGCUUAAUCACCCGCGAAAAAAACAGAGUGCCAAAAUCCACUGUUUUUCCAAUCACAAUUCCCCUCUUCGUUCAAUUAGACAUGGCUCGUGCUUUUGGUAUUGUGUUGAUCCUAUUUGUUGUCAUCUCCUCUUCGUUUGUUUCCAACACGGAGGCGAGGAAGCUGCUAGUGUCGAGCGGUGGCGGCGGCGGUGGAGCAAUUAGCGUGAAGGGCACUUCUCCGAGCAAGAAGGAUCAGUCGACGACGACGUUUGAUAAUGUGGAGAAUUUCCAGAGGCAUCUUGCUCGUAUGGAUCGGAUCCUGGGCUCUGUUCCCAGCCCCGGCGUCGGACAUUAAUUAAUUAGUUACCUCCCCUUUUACUCUGUUUUGGUUUUGCUUUUUAUACCUUAGGAAAAACAGAGUACUUGAACAUUGACGAUUUUUGUUUGAUUCGUAGGCAGGAAACUGUAUAGACACACUGAAACUUCUUCUUCUUUUCUGGGUUUUCUUUGUUUUCGCUCUUUUAUGAUCAAUUUCUACUGGUACUGUUGUAAUUAGAAUUCUGGGGAUUGUAUCUGUUAUCAUCAACCCCCUUUAUACGAAAGAGAAAUAUAUCAGUAUACAUCACAGAAUCUUUGUUAUUGGAAAGGAAGAAAGUAGUGAUCCAUGCCCGCAAUGCAUUUUCACCCAAUUGGAGGCCUCAUGUGAAAUCCACAGAGGCCGGCAGGAUUCGAGCUUUGCCUUUUACGAAUUACCCUUUAGUUUAUGAUCACAGUCACAGAUGAAGAAAAGGCAGAGUUCGGUUACACAUCACCAUCUAAUAAUAUCGCUUUCUUCUACCUGCUCCAUUCUAAGGUAGUUGAUUCUCAGUUUGAUUUAUGUGUCUCGAUAAUUGAAGGGCACUGAUUGUUCCUAAAAAAAUGCCAUCUUUUCUGCCACCAGUUCAUACUUUUCUAGGCUUCUGUUUCAGAGGAGUCUCUGGCAAUGUGAAUUGUGAUGUACUCGACAGAGUGGAGCUAUCAGGCUGAUGAUACAAUGGAUUGAUUGGUCUUUGUUAAAAUAUGUUGAUUGUGAUUAACUCACUCAGGCCAACAACUUGUCCACCAUCAGUCUUGACUCUGCCGUAUAUGGCAUCCAUAAUAAUUCAGGGCACAUAAUUUAGUUGGACGAGAUUAGUAAUUAAUUGUCAACUAGUUGUUUCCCUUGGAAAAGGUUCAAUGAUGAAUAUAAUCUCACACUAACACACAUCAUCAAUGAAAGCAAGUCUUUUUCGUUUGUACAAGUCUUGAAUAUGAGAAUGUUAAAAAUCAAUUGGUUUCAACAACUCAAAUAUGAGAGACAUUCGAUAAUAAAUCUAAUAUCACACACUAAUAACAUGCCCCUACAUUUAUCUUACAUGAAUGGCUCCAAAAAUAUAUGAAACCAAUUAACCAAGGUUUGGAGAACUCUUCCCUUUCAAUCUAACCAUGAGUUGAGAGUCAGAGUUAUCUUGUUGGUAAGAUUUGAAACUUCAAGUUGGACAGAGCGCAUAUCAAUGGAAUACCGGCAGUCGAAUAGAAGAUCUUUCCGUCAUAAAAGAUUUUGAUAUCAUAUUAUAAAUCAACCGUUCCUAAUAAUUUUGAAUGGUUUUGAAGAUAUCCUGUUACUCAAACUUGACUCAGAACUUCUAUCACUUGGUGCACGUGGGCUUCAUCCAUGUUAUUAUAUCUCUGCGUGUUUCCAUGCAAAUUAGUAGAGAAGGAAGACCAAGAAGGGCUAGCAAAGAUUUCAUUAAGAAAAUGGGUAGUGGGAGACCAAAGGGGAUGCAUUGUCCGGUGCAGAAGGGGCUCCACAAAACCGCCCUCUCGUUCAACAACAAUUACCUUCAAACAACAAAGGAUAAGUGUGUGGGGACUCCUUGUUUGUUGGUGGUUAAGGGCUGCAAAUAAGCCGAGUCGAGUUUUACCUCAGUUUGAGUUUGGCUUGUUAACGUUAAUAAAUGAGUCGAGGUCGAGCUCAGCUUGUUUAUUAAUGAGCCGAGUCGAGUCAAGCUCGAGCUAGUUUGUUUAUUAAAAUCUUAAAAAAAAU